GCGAUUUGAAGUUGAGUCAGGUGUGUGGAUUCUUCUGGUGGUUUACGCGUACAGACUAUUUUAAUAGUUUCUUUUCUUGAUUUAUACACUUUCAAAUAUAAAAGUAAAAAUGGGUCUUUUGAUACGUUAGUUUUAUGCCCAAAAUGUAACUGGAGAAGUCAUGUACGAAAUUUUCUCUGUGCUAGUAAAGACGAAAAAAUAACUUGUUCGGUUUCUGUAAAGUAGUACUGUAGUUCUAGCAAAAGUUGUUCGUUUGGAUGCAAUAUGAGGGGGGGGGAUAACCACUCGUCUUCCUCAUCUACCUGAUCAGUAUCACAUAUGCACCUUUUUUCCCUCGAUCUCAACCAUAUUCGUUUUCUUAGUGGUUAAAAUAAUCGGACGUCUUGAAAUUUCAUGCAACUUUUUCUAUAAUUGUAUGAGGUGCGGCAACCUGAACUUGAGUCGCACUAUAUGAGUACGUAUUCCAAUGUUUCUUCCUGACUAUGUAUAUCCUUUAUGGUCCAUAUUUAUGAUACUUUUUUUCAGACAACCAGGCUAUCUGGCCAGACAUUCACCAUUCUGAGGAAUUGCAAUGUUUUCUGAAAGAAAUUAAAUAGUCUAGUAAAUCUCGUACUUGUAGUUCAGGGAUAAAGUUGAAAUCAAGUAAUUUCACUAAUGAUGCAUAUGUCGGAUCAGGUGGAUGAUGUAAUACUUCCUGGGUAUUAACACUAAAGGGUAGCGGGUGACUAGCACUUUACAAAUAGAUAGUGAUUGGUUUCAGAUUAUAUCACUAAUCGGUCUUAUCUCAGCCUCUUGUUCACUUGCAGCAUUACUAUGACACUUUUAUAUUUGAAAGUUGUAAAUCCAAAAUAUCUUUAGAAAAGGGGCACAUUAAAACAGACCAAAAAGAGUUGAAUUACUGUUUUACGUAUUAAAAGUAAGGAACCCGUCUUAGUUUAUCUAGUCAGCAGCAGAAAAAUAAACAAGUGGUCUGUUCACAGUAAAGCCUACGAAAUACUUCCAACAAUACUGACAGAUUUUCUAGUUGUGUGAUACACAUAUCUACCCUUAGGUUUUGAACAAAAUGCGGGGACUUAUGCAACAAUAUGGUGAACGGUUCUAGUGGAGACACAUUAUCAGUGUUCGAAGUUAAGAGUAAGUCAAACAUUAGAAUCAUUUUUAAGAAAUGCAAUUCAAAAUACUUUCUAUAUUCACAAGAUUUUGUUUCCUGUUUGUUGACAUAGUUACAGUAUCUGAUGUGUUAGGAAGAAUUCUUGAAGCACACACACAUAUAUUUAUGUAAUGUCGACUGUCUACGUAGAUCGUGGGAUGGCCUGGUGUACAGUGGUUGGUGGCUUUGUUGCCAACGUUCUGUUAGGUGGUUUAGGCAAAUCUUAUAGUUUGGUUAUGGAAGCGUUUCAAGAAGUAUUUGAAUGUGGUUCUGCCUACUUGUUUUUAGCUGGUGGUUUAAUCUAUACACUUAUGUAUUGUCUGUCUCUCGUUAACCACUUAAUUUCAAAACGAUAUGGUAGUCGACCUGUUGUGAUGGUUGGUGCUUUUGGCUCUUGUAUAAGUUUAUUAAUUGCAUCAUGUUCACCGAAUCUUGCACUUUGGGUUGUUGCUGUUGGUUUUGGAAUAGGCGCGUCCUUGUCAUGCAUUUAUUUUACAGUGUUCGCUGUUGUUGGAUGUUGUUUCAAACGAUAUUUAGGUUUAGCAAAUGGAAUUAGUGUUGCCGGUGUUAGUGUUGGUCAAAUGGUAUUUCCUUCAUUGAUCACUACUUUGAAUACUACUUAUGGUGCUAGAGGUGGAGGAGUAAUUAUGGCUGCAAUUUGUUUACAUUUGUUAAUCACAGCUGCAUUAAUGCCUCGUCAUAUCAUUGAUCCAGAUGCACCUGUUGUGCCAGCAGAAAAAGUUGAAACAGGCAAAUCAAAACGGAAAUCUUGCAAGUCACAAUCAAAAUCUAAUGAAGACAAACAAUUAAUAGCUUCAGAAGAUCUAUUGAAUGUUGAUAAACAGUCGACAGCCAUUGAUUCAGAUAAGAAGUUACAAAGUCCCGUAGAUGAGUUCUUCUCGAAAUUAGACAAUCAAAGAGAUGUAGUACACUCAGUGAAUGCUAUUAUUCAUUCUUCGUCUACAUUAUCAUUGUCCCGUGUAUCUGUCCUAUCAUUAUCAACUCGUCAUGUAAAAUACCUUACUCGUGGUUUACUUAUUGUUUAUAUAGUUGGUAAAACAUUUGGUGACGUUGGUGAUGUCAGUGUAUCUUUUAUAGCACCAGUAUUUGGAACUGAACUAGCCUUAAGUCCUACCAUAAUCAACAGAGCUAUAGCUGUUGCUGGUGUCGGUGACUUAAUCACACGUGUGGGAGUUGGUUGGCUUACAGAUAGACCAGCAUGUGUCGGUCGUCGUGGCUUAUUGUUAGCUGUUACAUGGAUCAUAGAAGGUUUAAAUGCCUUCGCAUUUGCUGAACUUAACCGAUUAUAUGGAAAAUAUGCUAUUAUUACUGAUGUUAAUGGUAAUGUUGUUGACAGUAAUGGUAAAUCAUUACUAAUAGCAUUCUAUUUUAUAUGCUCUGCUAUUCAUGGUAUAUGUAGUGGAACUGCAAUGACUCAAAUGGUUGUAGUUUUAUGCGAUUGGGUUGGCUCUUCACAAUUAGCACAAUCUUUAGCAGUAACUAUGGUUAUUUUAGGGUUAGUUAUAUCACCGGGACAAUUUUUGAUGGGUUUUGUUGCUGAUUACACGGGUACAUUUGUUUGGUCAUUAAGAAUAUGUGGUGUUAUUCUUCUAUGCGGUGGUUUCACUCUUUUCUUAGAAUUUCCCGUUCGUCGAUUGUAUCCAUCUGCAAAUAAUCAUCAUGAUAAUAACAAAGGUAAAUCGAUUGAACAAUGUAUUCCAGUGAAAGAUAUCGAAGCACAAGAUAUCAUAUGUGAUAAUGUUGUGAAUGGUCUAACUAAUGGUGGUAAAUGUCAUUCAUUUAUUAAUUCAACAAUUCCUAUAGAUAAUAAUAUAUCUCCACUGAUUAAUACAAAUGGACAAAUUACAAAUUAAACAGUAUACAAUUGUAUAUCACUGUUGUUUUGUUUUGUUUUGUUUAGAAUACAACACGAAUCGUACUCAUUUAUUUGUCACUAUGCCUCUAUAAUAUGAUUGAAUUAACAAACUAUUACUAUACAUGAAGGAUUUUGUCUUCUUUUUCUUCCUUUAUAUAUAUAUAUAUUUCAAUUCAUUUUCUUAUUCCUGAAUGAUACAUGUAAUUGAUUUCUUCUUGAUCAGUUUAAAGUUCAACUCUCCCUUCUUCCUCUUUUUUUUUGGAGAGAGGGGGCGGGGGGAAGGAAUGGUUCUACCAAACAAUCCAAUUAUCGAUUCUGUUCUCGUUAUAUGUAUAUGACUUAUUUGUGCCUAUCCAAUAGUGGUUGUUUAUUUUUAAUAAUAAGAAUAAUAAUCACUAACCAACCCGAGUUAUUUUUUUUCACUUCUCUUUUUUUAUUUUACUUCAAAAACAAACCCUCCCGCCCACUACAUAAUUUUUGUUGUUGUAGGAUUAUUGUCUAAAUUUGUCUAUGCUGAUUACAUUCAGAUAGAUAGUUAAUGUUAUAAAUAUAUUACCAUACUAUUCUAUGUAUCUGAAAUGACCUCUAUUAUUAUUUUGCUUACAGUAAUCUUAGGUAUAUUAUAAUCUUAUUAUUAUUAUCUUAACAUUAGAAAUCACGCAUAACUACUUCCAUUAGUCGGUAUGGGUUUUUAUGUACAAACAGAAUAUACCUUCAACUUUAUCCUUUCACUCUCACACGGACAGUCACACACACACACAUUCACACGUACUACACACAAAAAUGCACAUCAACACACAUAAUCAGUUGUGUGAUUUAGAUUAAUUCGACUUGAUUUUAUGCAGACAUCAUCAUCAAUAGAUUAGUAAUAAUGAAGUGAAAUCAUUUUGUAUCAUAAUUAUUAUUAUUGAUGGUGUUGUUCCUUUUCGUUUUUACCGGUACAUCCAUUUCACGAUUGUAAAUUUGUAUUCAUCAUUCUGUUUUUAUUAUUAGUGACAGUAUGAUUUGUAAUAUUAUUGAUAAUAAUAAUACUAAUGUUAUUGUAUGUAACAUGUUAAAUAAAAGUAUGAUUUCAUUAUCG